AUGAAAAGAACUACGAAUAAAGAGGAAGUGGAUGUGUCGUGUUGGAAUUGUUUCACAACGGAAGAUGUUCGUAACGAUUUGGAUCCUGUUCCAUUAAUUAAAAUAAGAGAGGAGCAGAGGGAAAAAUUUAAACUUUACUCAUUUUUGGCUUCUGAACUGUCAAAACCAAAAGCAGUACCUUUAAAACAAAAAGUAAGUACACAUUAUUCUGUCAGUGAAAAGAUAGAUGAAAAAAUAUGCCAAAACAGUGAAGUCGCUCAAUACUUACGGAGCAACACAAAAGACGCUAUUACAGAUAUUUAUUAUUUGCCUUGUGAUAAUUUAUCAGCACAAACUGAAGAACUUGCUCAAGGAGUUAACAAAUUGACUACUAAUAAUAAAGAAGAUAAAUCAACCGAGACCGAAAUUAACAUAACGUUAAUUAAACUAUAUAGAUCAGAUAGCUCUUCGUCAAGUAGCAAAUCACCUGAUUUUAGACCUAAAAGGAAGCUAUUGGUUAAACCUAAUUUAUCUCAAAACCAAUUUGGUGAAAAUUUUGGGGAUAAAAAAAAGGAAAAUUUACCUACUCGCAUUCCUAAAAAAAUAGAUAAUAAACCUAACCUAACUUCUAUUAGUAAAACUACUCCUGAAUUAAAAUCAACUCAUAUGAUACAGAAAUCUAAGGUGGGAUCACCUCUUCUGCAAACAAGGAAUAAUAAACAAAGUGUAACGCCCAAAAUUGUUGCAACAAGUUCAGUAAAUAAACCUAAGCUGAGUAAAGAAGAAACAAUCGAUGGUCCAACAAAUGAAGUGGCAAGAAAUUCAGGUCGUCUAACUAGCUCGGCUACGCUACAAACGUCUUCUCAAAAAGAACGAGAGAAUAUACACAGCACAAGGGAACAAGGAGACAACUCUUUGAGUGUAGAUAACCAUAACAAUUCAGGUAAAUUCUUAAUCAAAACACCGUCUACAAGUUCUGUAAAAUAUACUAAAACAUCAGUUGAACCAGUUAAACCGAAAACUACCUCUCUUAAGCAAAAAAUAAGAGAACAAUACCCAUGCGACAAAACAACUGAUGAAAAACCAUUGUUUCCCAGCAUAGCUAAUAAGGUACUUAAUACAACAUCACCACGAAAUGAGCUACCUAAGAGUUCAACGACGCUUAAACAAAUCCUAAAUGAACAUUACUUGAUUGAUAAAGAAAUUGAUGAAACAAUUGCUAAAUAUGCAGAUUUAACAAAAUCAAAGCUAAAGGUUUCAGAAAGUAAAGAUAGUAUUCCUGUCUCUAAAUCAGAAUCGCCAAGGAGAAAAACUUUUGAAAGUAAUCAUCACACGUCUAUCGUAGCGCCACAAUCAAAUGUAUGCGACAAGAUUGAUUCGAAAUUAAUUGCCAACAGCAUUUUAACGAGCACUGAAAGAAAUAUUUCCAUGUCGGCUAAAAGUUUCGACUUGGGCACAAACGAAUCUAUGACUGAUGAAAAUAUUGAAAAAUUAAAUACUGUAAUUUGUGGUCAAAUUUCGACUCCUGUAAGUGUAAAUAAAUUUUAUUCUCAAGAUGCAAGUAAUCUGUCGUAUUUUACUGACAAUGAACGUAAAAAUAAUGCUACUUUUGAUGACAAACAAAUCGAUGAAAUUAUUGCGAAGUGUGCAGAUCUGACUAUUUCAGAGACAAAAGAAGUUGAGAACAAGAAUAAAGUCCCUUUUACUACGUUGAAAUUGGAAACAAUUGUUAAUAAAAAAGACCUAAUCCCAAUUAAAGUGCCAAGAUUAAAAUUAAGAGAACGCUCUUUAAUGGAAAACAGAAUUAAAGGUCAACUAAUAAAUACACAAAGGAAGAUCGGGAGCAAGAGCUCAAUAUGUGAAUCUAACACGGAUAUAAACUUAACGGAGGAAAAUUUUUAUAAGGUAAUUGCAGUGAAAGAUAAAAAAGAAGAGUUUAUUUCUAAAGUGGAGACAAAUCCAAGCAAAGUCUUAUACGACAAACAAGAAAGUAAUACAUCCGAUUCAAAUAAAGUUAAAAGUGAAUCUAUAAAACUUUCAGGAUCGGAAAAUAAAGAAAGGUCUACUGAAAAAGCAGACAAUGCAAGCUCAAAUGGUUCAGAAUCAGGUUAUGCUGGUUCUUCAGGGACAGUACAAUAUUUUCAAGAAAACUAUAUUAUUCAUAAUGAAAUUGAAACAGAUGAUGGACUCGGAAAAAAUUCCAAUGUAACUCGCCAUCCAGAUAACUUAGAGAUUAAAGACUUUAAGUCUUCUUUACCGGCCUUGAACAGUAUAUCUGAAAAAAAUAUUUUGAAAACCACAACGACUUCCAAAUCAUUAAUUUUCAACAUUAAUAAUACUGGUAUUAAAACAACAUCAAAAUCAGAACGAUGGAGUACAUUAUCGGUCCCUCCAAAAGACCUAAGUUUUCAAGAGGAACAACACGAUUCUCCGAUUGAAGACCCAAAUUCUUCUUUAGUGGGCCCAACUGGAAGAAGUUAUACUUUAAACAAUAAAACAAUGAAGCAAACACAACAGUCCAUACCAACAGUAACUAUCACUAGAGUGAUUGAUAACGAUUCAGUUACCUCCAUAGCGACAAAAACAAUAGACAAUGAAUCAAUUAAAUCUACGACGAAUCUAUUGCUGUCUAACGAACGUGAAGCAAGUUCAAAAUAUAUGAAUGAAAAUAAGACUUAUAAACAAAGUGAACAACCAAAACAAACAGAAGUCGACAGCCGAAACAGCACAAUAAAAUCCGAUGAUGUGUACUUGUCAGACACCCUGUCAUCCGGCAAUGCCACUUUGCCGCGGCGAUCCAGUUCGCCGCUGCCUAAUGAAAGAGAUCUGGACAGAGAUCGAUUCCCGAUCAACAGAAGUGGUUUACAGGCGCGCUCGGAGUCGAUGGCAUCAGUAUACUCUGGUGCGGGCGAGGGCGCGCGCGGCAGCGUGGCGGUGCGCGGCGAGGUGCAGUUCUCGCUGCUCUACAACUACCGGCUGGGCGCGCUCGAGGUCGGCGUCAAGCGAUGCCGCGACCUCGCGCCCGUAGACACCAAGCGCAACCGCUCCGAUCCCUACGUCAAGGUUUACUUGUUACCAGACAAGUCCAAAGCCGGCAAACGCAAGACGAAGGUGAAAAAGAACACGCUGAACCCUGUGUUCGAGGAGACGCUGAGCUUCGCGCAGCCGCUGGCCUCGCUGUCCGCGCGGACACUGUGGCUGAGCGUGUGGCACGCGGACAUGUUCGGUCGCAACGACUUCCUAGGCGAGGUGACGCUGCCGCUGGCCGACGUCGUGUUCGACGACCCCGCGCCCAUGUGGCAUAAGUUGCACGAACGGACGGAACAGUUUGAGGAACAGCAGGGUACCCGUGGGGACCUGAUCGUGGGUCUGAAGUUCGAGUUACAAGAUGGCGGCAAGGGCACACUUCAUGUUCUCGUAAAGGAGGCCAAAAACCUGCUCGCUACUAAGCCAAACGGGCUCGCUGAUGUCUUCUGCAAGAGUUACCUGCUGCCAGAAAGAGGUCGUCUUGCCAAACAGAAAACGAGUGUAGUACGGAGAACACUAAACCCACGCUGGGAACACACAUUUACCUACCGUGGGCUGACCAUGCAGGAGCUGGCUACCAGAGCCCUGGAGCUGAGUCUUUGGGACAGAGACAGACUUGCCUCUAACGACUUCAUGGGAGCUGUUAGAUUGUCGCUUGGAACUGGUACAUACAUGGGUGCCAGUGUCAAUUGGAUGGACAGUAUGGGCAAAGAAGUAGCAUUAUGGCAGACUAUGAUGCAACGACCAAACUUCUGGGUGGAAGGCUCUCUGCCGUUAAGGCCUCAGUUAAACAACUAA